AUGAACACAGUCCGACUUACGGACACACACUUGUUGCCGACCAGGACUCAAAGGAUUCGGAUGGCUGGGUACGCCAUGGCGAUUGCCGUGAGCUUGGCCUGCGGUGGCAUGAUUAUGCAGGCCCAGUCUCGUUAUCGCGCUUUCCUGUACAACGCAAAACUGACCAUACACGGUUGGUCGGGUAAAGAUAACCGGACGCGCCUGCUGAACGAGAUUUUCGAGUACCAGACCGAGAAUUGUGUCAACACAUUCAUGAAUAACCCAUUAUUGCUGAUCGGUUUGGCAAUGUGUAUUAGAGCUGCCGUGUUUGGAAUGCAGUCGCAGCGUUUAGUGGACAUCCGUAUAUUUUUGAUUUGGUACGAUGUUUGGUGUUUGGUACGAUCGAUGAUUACCAGUUUACAGUUUACCAACUGCUAUUUAAAUGUAUACUAUAACAUAUCAAAACUAUCAAUGGACGAUUAUUUUCGCAAUAGUUUCCAACAAUCUGUACAACCGUAUUACGAAGUAUCUAUACUAUUAUUUUGGGCUCUAAGCUGGUUGUGCACGAUGAAUUUUAUCCUGAGUUUUUGCCGCUCCACCAGAGACAAUGACGAAAACUGGGUAGACUGUAAAGAAAAAUGGGUAGACAUUCCAGUGAUCUGGUUCUAUGACUACGUGAAGAUAAAAAUAAAAAGAAGGCGGCCGGCGGUCCUGCGUUCCUUGAUAUCACGACGUCGGCGCACAGCCACUACGAGACGUUUGAGAACAAAGUACCUAUUAUCGGAAUGGAUAAAAAAAAUAUUUUAA